GCCCGGGGCUGUGACCGGGCACGGUGCCCUCCGUGCUGCAGCGAGAGCUCUAUCACGCUGACAGACGCUGAAACCCCAUCUAGAUGCUGCUGAAAUGUCUCCUUAUCCCUCUUAACUGCCGUAUUUUUCCCCGUAAAAUAAAAACCCGACCGUGCCUUUGUACGUUUUUGACGCAGAGUUCUGAGCUUUUGUCUUGAGGAAGAAUAAGCCCCCUGCUUUGUCUCCUGUUGGCGUGAGGAGGUUUUGCACGAAAAAUUAGCUGAGGUCUCUCUGAACAGCAGGACACGGCGGUGGAUCCAUCCCAUCCCAGGAAAAUGGGGUCCAAACAGAUCGCCCAGGAAACGUUUGAUGAUGCAGUGCAGGAGAACAUCGCCGAGUUUGAGAUGGAUCCGGAGGAGGCUGUACGAGAAGCUGUGCAGCAGUUCGAGUCCCAAGGUGUGGACCUGAGCAAUAUUGUGAAAGCUGUGCGACCUCCUGCCUCUGAGAACGGGCAGAGGCAAAAGCAUCAAAUCCUGCUGAGCCUGGAGUCGCUGAGCAGAGCCGUGGCAGAGCCAGAUGUGGCCGAGUUGCCCCAGCAGCUGUCGGCCUUGGCGGCGCAGUGCAAGGAGCAGCCGGCGUUCCGCUACCUGGCCGGCCAGAACGGCGCCUACCCCGUGGUGUUGUCGGCCUGCCAGCUGGCCGCAGGAGACAGGGAUUUACUGCUGCAAGCCUUGUGCACCCUGUCUGCCCUGCUGGACGGACAGCCGGACCUGCUGGAUGGCUCCGGGCUGGAGAUGUUGCUGCAGAGCCUGAGGGAGCGGCGGGAGGACGCGGAGGUGGCGCUGGCCGGGAUGCGCUGCGUGCGGCACGCCUGCCUCAAGCACGAGCGGAACAGGCAGCGCUUUGUCAAGGGUGGCAUCCUCCCUCUCCUCACGGGGGCCAUCGUCCAGCACGGGGACAGCGCUGACGUGGUCAGGACGGCAGCCUCGGCGCUCAGGGUCAUGACGUUCGACGAUGACAUCCGUGUGCCCUUCGGCCACGCCCAUGACCACGCCAGGAUGAUUGUCUUGGAGAACGAUGGGUUGAGAGUGCUCAUUGAAGCUGCAAAAGCCUUCACAGAUAACUCUGGGGUUCUCAGCGAGCUCUGUGCCACCCUGUCCCGCCUCUCUGUGAGGAACGAGUUCUGCCAGGAAAUCGUGGACCUCGGGGGAUUGAGCUUCAUGGUGACUCUGCUGGCUGACUGCAUGGAGCACCCGGUGAGCGGUGUGGGAAGGCAGGACGUGGUGAAGCAGGUCCUCAGUGCCAUCCGUGCUGUGGCCGGCAACGACGACGUCAAAGACGCCAUCGUGGACGCCGGGGCCACCGAGCUCAUCGUGCUGGCCAUCAGCCACCACCUGGGCAACCCCCAGGUGUGUGAGCAGGGCUGCGCUGCCCUCUGCGUGCUGGCCCUGCGCAAGCCCGAGAACUGCAGCGUCAUCGUGGAGGGCGGAGGGGCCUUGGCAGCUCUGCAGGCCAUGAAGGCUCACCCACGAGAGGUGGCUGUGCAGAAACAGGCCUGCAUGCUGAUCCGGAACCUGGUGUCGCGCAGCCGGGACCUGUCCCGGCCCAUCCUGGACAUGGGGGCUGAGAUCCUGAUCUCCGAGGCUCGCGCCGCGCACCGCGACUGCGAUGACGUGGCCAGGGCUGCCCUCAGGGACCUGGGCUGUAAAGUGGAGCUUCGGGAGCUCUGGACGGGCCAGAAGGGGAGCCUGGCUCAGUGAAUCCUCCCUUCAUCAAGCAGGGAACGUCCAAGGCACCCCUGGAAUCUCGUGGGAAAGGCGACAGGCCUGGAUUGUUGCCCAGCUGGGAAUGCCCGAAGCAAACGUGGCUUGGGAGAGGCUGCAGGGAAUUUUUUUUUUUUUCCCCCUCGGGAGCUACAGCUGAAACGGCUUUUCCUGCAUUCACAAGCUGCAAAAUCAACUCUGUGUAGUGAUGGUUCCCUGGGUCAUCUCACGGCUGAAGAUGAUCUGCUCCCUCCCUGGCAUCCCUCACGGGCAGGACGGGGCUCUUGUCACUGCUCUGGUCCCCGUGGUGACAGCAGGAGUGGCUCUCUCCUGCCCGGAGUUUGGCUGCUGGUUCCCAUUUGUCCCCCUGCUCAGGGGCUGGAUGAGGAGGAAUCCCCCCAACAUUUGUGAAUGUGCUCUCUCUGUCCCAUUCCCUCGUUCUUUUACUGCUGACCCUACUCUUGUGUCGCUGCUUGCUUUGGGAUUUUUCCGCCGGCGUAACAUUUCAAACAACAAAAAAAAAACCAAAAAAGAAUUCCAACAGCAACAACAAAAGGCAAAAUAAGGAUUUGGGAUAAUAUCCAAAGGAACUGUUGGCAUCCAGGAGGAAAGUUCAUGUUCUCCCCCAGUGCAAGGAGCAGGGCAGGGACUGGCAGUGGGGCUGGGAAUUCCAAAGUGGGGCCAAGCUGGCGCUGCAGGAGGCGCUGGGAAUCCCAGCCUUUGCCACCUCUUAGCACUUCCCUGGCUCCAGGAAUGCUUUCAUUGUAGUGAAGAGGCCAAGAACCUCACGGGCUUGAGGCAGAAACGUGGAUUUGUGGGCAAGGCAAGCCCCAGACAGGCUCUGAAGGGUUUUGUGCCAGCCCUGCUCUGGUGCUGAGCCUUCCUCCUGCGCCGCUGUUUUUGUGAGUGGAUGUUUUUAAUGUGAUAUUCUCUGUAGAAAUGGUGACCUUAUAAAACAUACAAACCUUC